UGCGGGAAUAAAAACCUCCAUGUCCCUGAGGGAGGAGGGGCCCGGACGUCCGGAUGUCUAAGAUUUUGAAACCGAGAGAGUGGGGCGCCUGGGCGGCUCAGCCGGUUGAGCGUCUGUCUUCUCUCAGGUAUGCCACCGCCACGGGGUGACGUGACCGCCUUGUUCCUGGGGCCUCCGGGCUGUGGCAAGUCCGCGCUGAUCGCAGCGCUGUGCGACGGGAAUGUGGAGACCAUAGAGAUUCCCGAGGGCCGGCCGGACUCCGGGAUCCCCAGCCUGCGAGCAGCGGGCCCUGGCCUCUUCCUGGGCGAGCUGAGCUGUCCGCCCGCAGCGCCAGGGCCCUGGGCGGCGGAGGCCAACGUGCUGGUAUUGGUGCUGCCCGGCCCCGAGGGGAACGGGGAGCCCCUGGCCCCAGCGCUGGGAGAGGCAGCGCGGGCCGCCCUGGCCCGAGGGACCCCGCUGCUGGCUGUGCGGAAUCUCCGCCCUGGGGAGUCACAAGAUGAAGCCCAGGCCCGGGAUCAGACCGCGGCCCUGCUGAACGGCGCGGGGUUGGGGGCUGCUGCUCUCUUCGUGCUGCCCGCGGACUGCGGCCGCCGAGACGGCUGCAAGGAAUUGGAGCGCCUGCGGGUGGCGCUGCGGAGCCAGGCAGAGGUGCUGCAGAGGCUCCUGCCCCCGGCACAGGAUGGCUUCGAGGUACUGGGUGCGGCAGAGCUGGAGGCCGUGCGGGAGGCUUUUGAGACCGGUGGCCUGGAGGCGGCGCUGUCGUGGGUUCGCGCUGGCCUGGAGCGACUGGGCAGCGCACGGCUGGACCUGGCUGUGGCCGGCAACGCCGAUGUGAGCCUUGUGCUGAACGUGCUGCUUGGGCUGGAUCCCGGUGACCCAGAUGCCGAGCCCGUUUUCAUGCCCGCGGGGCCCACGCCCUACCCGGCCCCAGAGCGUCCCAAUGUGGUGCUCUGGCACGUGCCUCUGGGCUCCACGGGCACUGCUGCUGCUGCCACCCCCCAUCCGACCCACUACGACGCCCUCAUCCUAGUCACCCCGGGGGCCCCCACUGAGAAGGACUGGGCUCAGGUUCGGCCCUUCGUGCUGCCAGAUGCGCCGCUGGUCGGCGUGCGAACAGACGGUGAGGGCGAAGAUCCAGAGUACCUGGAGGAAGAGGACAAGGCAGAGAAAGAGAAGCCCAGCUGCGAGAGCUUAGAGAACACAGGCGGAGAGGGGGUGAAGAAUGCAUGCAGUGAGGGAAGGGAGAAACGUGGCCCGGGAUUGCAGAAAGGUAGCGAGGAAGAUUCGGAGAAAGCAGGCAGCGGGGAAGGCUCGGAGAAAGCGGGCAGCGAGAGUGUGCCGCCUCUUGGCGGCGGCGGGAAGAAAUCAGGCAGUGGGGACGCGGAGCGUGCGGCCACGCUGAGCCCCGAGGAUGAGACGUGGGAGGUGCUGGAGGAGGCGCCGCCACCCGUGUUCCCGCUGCGGCCUGGCGGCCUCCCGGGGCUCUGCGAGUGGCUGCGGCGCGCGCUGCCCCCGGCCCAGGCGGGGGCGCUGCUGCUGGCGCUGCCCCCCGCGUCUCCCCACGGGGCGCGCAUGAAGGCUGCGGCGCUGCGGGCCGGGGCGUGGCGGCCGGCUCUGCUGGCCAGCCUGGCGGCGGCGGCGGCGCCGGUACCCGGCCUAGGCUGGGCGUGCGACGUGGCGCUUCUGCGGGGUCAGCUGGCCGAGUGGCGGCGGGCGCUGGGGCUCGAACCCGCCGCGCUGGCUCGACGCGAGCGCGCGCUCGGCCUGACCCCCGGGGAGCUGGCGGAGCGGACGCACUUCCCGGGCCCGGUGACCCGCGCGGAGGUGGAGGCCAGGCUGGGCGCGUGGGCGGGCGAGGGCACUGCCGGGGGCGCGGCGCUGGGGGCCCUUUCCUUCCUAUGGCCCGCGGGCGGCGCGGCGGCCACCGGCGGCCUGGGUUACCGCGCGGCGCACGGCGUCCUGCUGCAGGCCCUCAACGAGAUGCAGGCCGAUGCCGAGGCGGUGCUGGCACCCCAUGUGCCCGCGCAGUGAGGGGUGGGACGCGGGUCGGGGGGCCUGCCGGGGUGCCCAGUGUCCCUCCUGCUUGGCUCCCCCAGGGGCUGAGGACUCCACGCCCGGGUUAGAGGGAGAGGGAUUGGGGGGGUCCAGAUGCGUGGGAUGUCUGGGCCUCUGCGGUAGCGGAGCUGGGGGCCACCACUCAGAAUGCUGGGUGCUUGAAGGGAAUGAGGGCUUUGAAUUCAUUGGGGUGGACUUUAAGAUUCCAGUUGCUGGGUGGUGGGAGGUCUCCAUCUACAGGAGGGAACAGGGGACUUUGCAAAAGAGCUGCAGAACCUUUGGUCGGGAAUAGAGAGAUGUCUGUUAUUUGCUGCUGGGGGGCGAGGGGGAGGGCCUGGUGGGCCAGAAUCUUUUCCCAGCUGUUGUGGGGAGGAUGGUCCCAGAAAAAUGAGGGAAGGAGGCAAGAGGUCUGAGCAUGGUGGGCCCUGGAGGUAGCCAGAGACCAGGAAUGAGGCCUUCUGGGUGUGAAGGACAGGAACCCAUACCUCAGAGGUAUCUCCCACAAAUUCCUUAUGGAUUUGGACCCUGGCAAUCACCUCUCUCAGUGCGAGUUUGGAAAGGGACAUGACUACCCCCCUUUUAUAAGUGCUGAGUGAUUCAAGGGAUCUUUGGUGUGUCUGUUCCUUUGUCCGUCUUUCCCUUAGUGGUUUCUAUCUCUUUUUGGUCUUGAUUUCUUCUGUCAUUAAGCCGAACCCUUUCUGGCCUUGAUAUUUUAUACUCCUGCCUUUUUUGGAAAAGCAGCUAUAAUGCUGCACUGAUGCAGAUAUUUCUGUGUUGGCUACCUCAGGUGUCCCCAAGAGGCUCUGCCUUCUGGUGUACACACAGGGCUGCGGAGAGCAAGAGACCCACAGAACAGCGAGGUAGUGUUCCAGACGGUGGGAGUGUGCCAUAAGUGAAGCAAAGGCAGAAACCACAGUGCCUGGAAUGUUCUAGGCUGCCAACUAUAGGUAGAAAAGAUGCCACAGGUCACAGAGUUCUUGUAUCAAAAAGCAGGAAAAGGGGACCCAAAAGGCCAUUAAGUAGCAUCUCUUUUAUGAGAGAUGGGGAGGGCAAAGCCCAGGGAGGGCAGGCUCUAGGCCCAACAACACACAGCAGGGUCCUGUGUGGUCUGGCCCCAACCUCAUCUCCUAACCAGCCUGAUCUUCCGAUGCCUGGGUGGGCCACCUUGGAUCCUACCCCAGGAUCUUUGCAUUUGUUGUUCUUUCUGCCUAGAAUGCUCUACCCCCGGAUCUUCCCAUAACUGGUUCCUUCUUAUCAAGCAGAUCUCCACUCAAACGUCCCCUCAGAGAAGCCAUCCCUGUCCAGUGUAACUGAAUCAGCUCACACACCCCCAUUACUCUUCUCAGCCAGUUGAUAAUUCCCUUGCAGCAAUUUUUACUGUAAGCAAUUACCUUAUUUAUUUAUUUACCUAUUUAAUAGCUAUUGUCCUUUUACCUGUCUUGUUCUCUGCUCUACCCCCAACACCUAGAAGAGUGCUUGACCCACAGUAGGUGCUUAGUAAUUAUUUCUUUUCAUUCAUUAGUCAGUGGCAGACUGGAAUUUACAUUGUCAGCCUCUUGCCACAAGACAGGGAAAAUGAGCAAGGUGGGGAGAAACGAGUAUCUGAUGGGAGAGAAAGCUCCUGUCUGAGGUCAGGGGAUCUGGGAAGCAAGCACGGCUUUGCCACUGUCACUCUGGGUGACUUGGACCAGUGCCUUAUGUUCCAUCUGAGAAAUGAAAGGGCCGGAUGAGAACCGUAAAUACUUGCAAGAUCCAAUUUUCUUUGACAGCGGGAGACAAGGGUGACCGAUCUGAGAGACAGGUCCUUUGCCAGAUGGUAUUCCCAUGUCCAUCUUGAACCCCUACCAUUGGCCAAUUUAUCCCAUCAUAGUUGAGAUGGCUGAGGGUGGAAAAAAGCGUUUGACUUUAUACUGAAUGGCUUCAGACAUGGUCUUCAAAGGCCUUUCAGGCUUCGGGGAAAGGUAUUUGCCCAUCUCUAUAAUAUCCAGUACAACACUGUCUACCUCUCAAUCUAGAAUGCCAGCCAUGGAAAAGUGGGAGAGGUACACAGCCGUGCUGUCCAACAGAAACGGGUUGUGAGCCACAUCUGUAAUUUGAAAUGUCCUAGCAGCCACAGUAAAAAGGUAAAAGAAAACGGUGAAAACUAGUUAUGUUUUACUCAACCCAGUACACCCAAAACAUUAUUUCAACAUGUAAUCAAUAUAGAAAAGAAUGAGAUAUUUUCCAUUCCUUCAUGCUGUCUUUGAAAUCGGGUGUGUAUUUUGCACUUAGCACAUGUCUCAUUCAGAUGAUAAAUUCUCAUCAGAAGUACUCCUGUUUAGCUUUCCUAAAGUUCAUUAAUGGAGAAAGAGAUUCAUACACCCAAGUUGUCCCGGUUAUAUUGAACAGUUUCCCAAUAACUGAGGUGCAUAUCAGUUUUUUUUUAAAUUUUUUUAUUUAUUUAUGAUAGGCACACAGUGAGAGAGAGAGGCAGAGACAUAAGCAGAGGGAGAAGCAGGCUCCAUGCACCGAGACCCCGACGUGGGAUUCGAUCCCGGGUCUCCAGGAUCGCGCCCUGGGCCAAAGGCAGGCGCUAAACCGCUGUGCCACCCAGGGAUCCCUGCAUAUCAGUUUUUAAGUAAAAAUGAAUAAACUCCAUUUCUCAGUCACCCAAACCAUGUUUUAAGUGCUCAGUAGCCACAUGUGAUGUGUGGCCACAGUACUAGACAGCACAGACCUAGAACACUCCCAUCAUCACAGGAAAUUCUACAGACGUAGCUCUAGGGUCAGACAGUCCUCCUGACAUUGGGGCAACCUUGGGGAAGUCACUCAGCAAAUGGUAUCUACCUCACAGGGUAAUUGUAGGAAUAGUGUAUGUACAUGCAUUCUCCCCCCUGCCUCUCUCUCUCUCUCUCUCUCUCUCUCUCUCUCUCUCUCACUCACUCAUACAUGCACAUGUCAGCAUGCUGCAGCCCUCCAGAGAAGCCUGGCAUAUGGGGAGCUCGAACAUAAGUCUUGUUGCCUUUGCCCUUGGCCCCAGGCAGUACCCAGACAACUCUAGUCUGGGCACCUCUCCUAUGCCCAUGCCUUUGCUCACAGAGUGCCCUUGUCUUUUUCUGCCACUUUCACACCAUCUCUGAUUUGGUCUGGUCUAACAUUUCUGCCCUGUGCUUCCCUGCCUCAAAUUCCUUCUGCCCUCAUGCCAAUGGGGAUCAUGCCAGAGAUCAUAUCUGAGAAAGCAAGACCCAAUUUUGUUUGCCUAUGUCUCUUUUGGGGAGUGCUGGUUGUGUUUAUAUGUGUAUAUGAGUUUAUAUAUGUAUAUGGACACUCUUGGGUGUCAUGACUAAUUUGGGGGAAGGGUUGUUUUUAAAUUAUGACUUUUGAAGGGAGUCCUAAAUGUUGCUAGUGAGGCUUCUGUCUCUGGUAGCAUCCAAGCAGAAAGAUUAAGACUCCCUUGAGAACUGAUUGCUGCUGCCCUCGGGGUGUGUCAACUCAACAUCAUACUUCCAGGCUGGAAGACCCUCGAAGGCAAGAAUUCCAGGAAAUGUAUGCUACAUCUUGGCAUUGCCAUCCAUUACCAGAAGCAGAAGUAGAAAAGACAAUCUCAUCACCUUAGCUGAGUUUCAUACAUUUCUGGAUAAUGAUGAAGAGACUUGUAUCCAUUGGGGUGGGGAACCAGGGAGGGCUAAUCCAGGGUGUGGUUGGCCUGUGGUGCUUUUUGAAGAGGUCAAUAAAAAUGAGUAGAAAUACCA